GCAAAAUAUCCUUCGACGGCUAACGCAUGGUCAGUAUCUGUACUACAAGUUACGGGUGCAGCGGUGAGAAGAAGAUGACGGAGAGCGAAACGAAUCCAAAGGACUGAUAGGUCAUCCAUGACGUCCUCAUUGUUUGUAUUUAGGCCGUGCACUGCAAGUCGCUCACACUGCGCCACCUCGUUAACGAUGGCUACCUCAGACCUUAUCCUCCUGCUUCCAUACCCAAGCCAAGGCCACAUCAACCCCAUGCUCCAGUUCGGCAAGCGCUGCGCCGCUCACGGCGUCAGCGCCACCCUCGCCACCACCCGCUUCAUCCUCAACACCACCCGGCCCCAGCCCGGCCCCGUCCACCUCGCUGCCAUCUCCGACGGCUGCGACCGCGCCGGCUACGCCGAGGUCAGCUCCAUCCCCGACUACCUAGACCGCCUCGAGCGGGUCGGCUCGGAGACCCUGGAAAGCCUGCUCCGCUCCGAGGCCGCCGCCGGCCGGCCGGUCCGCCUCCUGGUGUUCGACGCCUUCCUCCCCUGGGCGGGCGACGUCGGGCGGCGCCUUGGCCUCGCCACCGCCGCGUUCUUCACGCAGUCGUGCGCCGUCAACGCCCUCUACUUCCACGUCUGGGAGGGGCGGCUCCAUGUGCCGGUGCAGGCGGCGGAGCUGGACCUGCCCGGUCUCCCGCGGCUGCGCCCCCGCGACCUGCCGUCCUUCUUGCCGGAUCGGGACAGCAUCUACCCCGCUUACCUGCAGCUGGUGCUGAACCAGUUCAAGAACCUGGAGAAGGCGGACGAGGUCCUCGUCAACACCUUCUACGAACUAGAACCUCAGGAAUCGGAGUACUUGAAGGUGGAAAGUGGGGCCAAGACUAUCGGCCCCACCGUCCCCUCCAGCCACUUGGACGGCCGCUUACCCUCCGACUCCCACUACGGCUUCCACUUGUUCGAACCCAGCGUGGCCGCCUGCAUGAGCUGGCUCGACUCCAAGCCGCCCGCCUCCGUCGUCUACGUCUCCUUCGGCAGCAUGGCCGCGAUCUGCCAGGAGCAGAUGGAGGAACUCGCCCAAGGCCUCUCCGCCACCGGCAAGCACUUUCUGUGGGUGGUGAGGUCGUCGGAGGCCCACAAGUUCCCCCCAGGCUUCGUGGAGGGGUGCCGCGACAGAGGGCUGGUGGUACCGUGGAGCCCGCAGCUGGAGGUCCUGGCGCACCCGGCCACCGGAUGCUUCCUGACGCACUGCGGGUGGAACUCGACGGUGGAGGGCCUCGGCCUGGGGGUGCCGAUGGUGGCGAUGCCGCAGUGGACGGACCAGCCGACGAACGCCAUGUACGUGGAGGAGGUGUGGGGGGUGGGCGUGAGGGUGAGGGAGGACGGGGAGGGACUGGUGAGGCGGGUGGAGGUGGAGAGGUGCGUGAGGGAGGUGAUGGAAGGCGGCAGGAGCAGCGAGAUGCGGAGCAAUGCGGCCAGGUGGAGGGCGCUGGCCAAGGCGGCGGUGGGCCUGAACGGGAGCUCCGACAAGAAUAUCGUGGAACUCAUCGCCAAGUACUGCUCCAAAGCAGAUAAAGAUUGUGUUCAUCAGCAGCUGGUGGCUACAUGAAGGUUCCUUGCCCUGUUCUUCUCAUUGUGUUCAUCACAUGUAUCUCUUCAUCGUCAGCUCUUUAUCCUAUUACCAAUAAAGAACACGAUUUGCAUUUGGAUGACA